AACUGAAUGCCCUAACCCUACACAACUCACGUUUUCCCUGCUCCUCCCGUGUUUGCGGCGGCGCCGCUCAGCCCAGACGCGGCUCCGCCACUCGUCGCCGCCUGCUUACCAGAUCAAGCCUCCCGCUCCUGCCCCUUCCACGGCUUCCCGACGGCCCGGCCCCUGCUGCCGACCUCUGCCAGCAGCGGCUGAAUCCAUGGAAUCCUCCUCAACUCUGCAGCACACACGGGUGUUGUUGGGCCGCAGCUAAAUCCAUCGGCUAAUCUCUGUACAUGUUUCAAUCAUUUUCUCUUGGAGCUUAUUCUGAUGUGUUGGACUGAUGCAGAGUUUUUAAUCUGCAAAGCUAGUUUGGUGGCAAACGAUUUGCUCCAGGUUCCCCGCGACUGCUUUUAUCUUGCUUUAAUUUCAGAUCAGGCGUACGAUCAAUGUCGACUAUUUCUGAUCAGAAGAAACGGACCUUAGAAGCUAUUCAACAACGGUAUGCGGCAGCUAAAGCUAAGAAGCUGAAAGAUGAACAGCCCAAGUGCCUGAAGAACAAAGAGAGUACCCCCAAGCCCAAGUUUGAUGCACGGAGGAAAGGAAAAACUCCCCAAUCCACUCCUUCUCGAACUUCUGGCCAGCUGCCUACAUUUAGAGCUCAAGGAAACUCCAGUCAUCAACAAAAAACUUCUGCUUCCUUAGGUGGAGAAAUCAACCCUAUAUACUCUGAGCUUUCCUUUGCCCUUCAUGAAAAUUUGUCCCAAGAUGACCAUACGGAUCUCGAUAGCACAGACAUAGUUCACAGUAUCGUAUAUGAUAUAAUUCAGAAAGGUGGAGAAUCCAGGAAAAUUGCCAAGGGAUCCAAAAAGUUAAAGCUGGAUAGAGGGAUUCUUUUGGAUAACUAUGUUCAAAGGGGUCCUAUAUUAGUGGAUGCACAAUCACGAUCUUUGUUGAUUCACUCAAAGCGAUCAAAAAGACACAUGUCACUGAAGCAACAUAAGAAAUGUGGGUCAUUUGAUUUACAUGAUAAAUUCCGCAGAUUUGACCUCUAUAAGCCAAUGAAUGAAAUGUGGAAAGAGUAUAUGCGAGAGCUUACAAAAAGUAUCCCGAAAAAGCAAUUGUCGGAAAACCUCCUUUCAGCAGAUCUUCAUGGGGCGCUUAUAAUAGUGGCACAAUGCAAAGCAGUCUCAUAUGAAGGUGUAAGUGGCAUCAUGAUUCGUGACACUGCAGAGACUUUUGGAAUUAUAUCAGAGGACAACCGCUUCCGAGUUGUGCCGAAAGCUGGGUCAGUUUUCGUCCUCCAAGCUGAUUGCUGGAAGGUUACACUAAUUGGCGACAAACUGUCGCCAAAGGAGAAGUUGAAGGAAAGCCAGCGUCUGCAGCGUGCGCAAUCACUGAUCAGAUAGAGUUUCGAGCCUGUUAGACUCUGUUUUCUGACAAAUUUUGCCCAGAUAAACCCCUACAGAUUUUCUUGUUUAGUCUUUGUUUCUGUUGAUUAACGUCAGUCUAUCCCUUCAUUGCUUAGCACUUGGCAGUUCUUGUUGCUCCACAUUGUAAGCCAGUCACUCCUUGCAAAGUCGCGACGCUGAGAAGUUCCUUAGUAAAUCCGAACACGCUUCUUGUGCAAGCUGCAUCCUUGUAGGAUAGCAACUAUCAUACCAUGAUCAAUCACAGGUCUUUAUCAAAAAAAUUUAUCAAUCACAAGUGACCAGUUGGGGUUUAUAUAUGUGACUGAUCGGGUGAAAGUUU